CACUGUGCAACUUUACCAUUGCCUGUCAUCCAUCUUCUGUUAUCCGUUCAUCCUCUCUUUUCUCCGCCGUUACGCCGUCGCCGAAUACACACUCACAAUGAGCGCGUGCAGAAUCCUCCGGCGGUGCCCCCUCUCAUGUUUAGACUUUAGUACCACACGCUUUAACAAUUGUACCCCCUCCGUACACUUUCCACUCAACCGCCUUCACUCUCACAUCUCAGGAUUUAAGCUUAAACCCUACCAUCAUUCCGUACGAUCGUACGGAUCGGUUCAACCGUCCGUUUCGUUCGACGAUGAAGAAGAGGAUCAAAUUGAAAAUAAAACAGUUAGGGAUUUAAUAUGGAGAAACACAAAUGAUGAUGUCACUAGUUUUAUGAAAAUGGAGAGGAGGACUGAACCUGAGUUGUCGAACCGUUGGUUUCCGUAUUUGGAUAGGUUUAAAACUGGAGAUACGUAUUUGAGUAGUCGAGAGGUGUUGGAUGCGGUUGACGAUUCUCUGAUGAAUUUGAGGAAAGAGAGGUUUAAGAAUGUUGUGGAUAACAGGACUUAUUCUGUUUGUUUGGUCGUUGAGGGGUUGUCGGAUGCUGGAAAUGUUUCUGCUGUGUUUCGUUCGGCGGAUGCUUUAGGUUUUCAGUCUGUUCAUGUUGUGUCGGACAACAGUAGCAAAAGGUAUAGAGAGCAUCGUCAUGUCAGUAUGGGUGCUGAGAAAUGGUUGGAUAUCGAGCUUUGGGAUUCUGUAGAAAAGUGCUUUGAAGUUUUGAAGUCACGUGGUUACCGCAUUGCCACAACCCAUCUUGGGAUGGAGACGGUUUCGGUUUAUGAUAUGGAUUGGUCGAGUCCGACUGCUAUAGUCGUUGGAAACGAGGGCAGCGGGAUUAGUGAAAAAGCUUUGAAAAUGUCAGAUUUGCAUUGUAGUAUUCCAAUGAAAGGAAUGGUGGACUCGUUUAAUGUCUCUGUUGCUUCUGGGAUCCUUAUGCAUCACGCCGUGUGUGAUAGAACUUCACGAUUGGGCUGUCAUGGUGAUCUAACGUCAGAAGAAAAGCAAAUAUUACUUGCUGAGUUUUCUUUAAGACAUAGCAGGAGUUCAAUAAGCAUUGCACAUGAGUAUGCGAAACGAAAGAGUAGAACUGUAUCUAAACUUUGAUGAGAUUACACCUCAACUGCAACAUUAGUCCGGAUAACCUGUUGGAUUAUUUGGUGUGAGCUUGCAAUUUACCUGCUUAGACCCAUCAUGGAUUGAUAUACCUUCUGCUCUAUGCAAUUGUACUCUAUAGGAGUAACGAUUUCACGUAAUUUGUAUUUACACUCACAUAGCCUGUGUCCUUUUAUACAGAUUUGUAUGGGGUAUUUUGGUAAAAUAUAUAAGAUACUGGUAGUCUUGUAGAAGCAAAUAUGUUAAGAUCAUUUCUAAAAAUUUUUUGAAA